UAUUACUCGGCCGCAACACACACGAAGCGAAUAUAAAAGGUUUUAAGGUUUCGAAGUAAUAUUUGAAUAAAAAGACAGAGCAAAGGCAACAACACAAAAGAGGGAUGCGUGGACACAUUGGAGGUGGAUUUAGACCCGCGCCUGGACCGGCCAGAAUGAAUAUGGCAAUGCGACCGUCCGCCAUGCGCAUGGGUGGUCCCGGACCAGUGAGGACUGGAAUGAGUGGACCCGCUCCAGCCUAUGCCGGUCGUCCAGCAGGCGGCCCUGGUCCAGCAAGGGUUGGUAUGGGUGGACCCGGCGGUCCGGGCGGUCCGGGACCCGGACCAGCACGACCACCGCCCGCAGCUGGACUUACGCAAGUGAACGUGAAUGUGAAUGCACCACGACGUCCUGUGGUAAACGAGGUUGUUGUAGUAGGCGGUGCGCCACCGUUACUGCCAGCUGCCGGCAUGAUGUUGGGCGCAUCAAUGGUUGCUGGUGCAGCGAUGGGUGCAGUGGCCGCCUCGGCUAUGAGUGGGCCCGUCAUUGUAAAUGCACCACCGCCGCAACCAUCGACGGUGAUUGUUAACACGCCGGGUGUGCAACAGCCACAGGGAGCCUCGACUGUGGUGGUGAAUUCAGCGUCAACAGCGGUACCUAGUUCUAAUGUGAUGGUCAAUUCGGGCAUGGGCGGGGCAGCGCCCUCAACGACAGUAGUGAUGGAGGGUGGUGGUCAAAGAAUGCAGCAACAACAGCCAACAACUGUGGUGGUUGAGAAUGGUGGUAUGCAACAGCAGCCAACGACCAUCGUAACGGAGACCGUGGUAAUACCACCGAAGCGUAAUAAUUGCUGUUGUGUGAUCUUAUGAUGUUGAGUAUGAACAAGGAGUAGUGCUAAGAUAUCUGGUGUGAAGAAAACUGACUUAAUUAGAGUAUAAUACAUAAACAUGCGUUGGAUUUAAACAAAUGCUUAAACUUG